AUGGCUCGCCGGCUUGUCCGUGCGGGCAUACAGCUCGGGUUGUUCACCACCAUCGUCUUGAUUCUGGUGGUGUUUCUCGAUAACCGGUUCCGUGUCCUUCCCACCUCCAUCCACGAACACCUCCCGAUGCAUUAUGACGGCUACGUGAUCACCGAUGUAACGAUCACCAAGUGUUCCGCCCUCAAUCCUUUCUCGAAAUGUAGCCUAGAUUCAGGCUGGAAUCGUGUUCCCAAAGAUCUUUACCUUCGUAAGGGCUGGACAUCAAGCGCCUUUCUUCAAUUCCAGCGCAAGAAAGAGGAGGAACUGGGUGCGGACGAUAAAGUUGUGGUCGACUUGAAAAUCAGCCGCCUGACCCCGACAUCCGAAUACACUGGCAAAACCGAGGUCGAGGCAUGGGAGCCGCGACCGGGCGCGCUUUGGAUCAAGCGCUCGUCCACUCGCCACGUCAGUGACUCGGAGAAAGCCGUGACCUAUGUCGAUGUCCUAUUUGGGGCCGAUGUCGUCGACCCUCGCUUCGGUUGGGAGGUCAAAGAUACCCCCUUGUUGUUGGACAGUUGGACGGAGCGACUGGAGACUCGCCUCAGUAUUCGACGAGGCCACCCGACCAAGCCCAAGAAGCCUGUCCCCAGAAUCAACGAGAAUGGAAAGUUCAAGGUGAUGCAGCUGGCAGAUCUUCAUCUGAGUACGGGUUUGGGCGACUGCCGUGACCCCGUUCCUGCGGAGAUCGUGCCCGGCCACAAGUGUGAGGCCGAUCCCCGCACGCUGGAAUUUGUAGAACGGCUCCUCGACGAAGAACAGCCAGACUUUGUGGUCUUAAGUGGUGACCAGGUCAAUGGCGACACCGCAGCCGAUGCACAGACCGCUCUGUUCAAGGCCGUGAAGCUGCUGGUCGAGCGCAAGAUCCCGUAUGCAGCCAUCUUUGGCAACCAUGACGACGAAGGUGAUCUCAGUCGGUCGCAACAGAUGGCCAUCUAUGAGGAUUUACCUUACUCUCUCUCCGCCGCCGGCCCCGAAGAUAUCGAUGGUGUCGGAAACUAUAUUGUCGAGGUCCUUGACCGAGGCAAAAGCACCCACUCUGCCCUGACCUUCUACUUCCUUGACACACACUCCUACUCCCCCGACGAACGUCAGUUCCGGGGCUACGACUGGAUUAAGCCCAGUCAGACUCGAUGGUUCAAGAAUACCGCGCAGAGCUUGAAAAGAAAGCACCGGGAAUACUCCCACAUCCACAUGAACUUGGCAUUCAUCCACAUUCCAUUGCCCGAAUACCGAACCUCUGAAAAUUACUGGAAGGGUCAGUGGCCCGAGGUCCCGACUGCACCGGCAUUCAACUCGGGAUUCAAAGACGCGCUCGAGGAAGAGGGUGUCGUAUUUGUUAGCUGCGGACAUGACCAUGCCAAUGACUACUGCAUGCUCGAGCACGAUUCAAAGAGUCAACCUUCUCUCUGGAUGUGUUAUGGUGGCGGAGUCGGCCUGGGUGGCUAUGGCGGCUAUAACAAUUACGUGCGACGAGUACGCUUCUUCGACUUCGACAUGUUCUCAGGCCGUGUCACGACUUACAAACGUCUUGAAUGGGGCGAAACCGAAGCCAAGCUCGACGAGAUGAUGAUCGUGGACGGCGGCACCGUCAAGGGCCCGGACGAAACGAACCUCUCAGAAUAA